UAUUGCCUGCCCCUUAAUGACUCCUGAGGCCUAGAAACUUGGCUUUAAUGCUUAGGUUUGGUGACUGGACCAGGUGCAGAGCUGUGGUUAGACAAAGGGUGCAGUGUACUCCAGUGGCGAUAGAUGGGGUGACAGCAAUUGGGAGAUUUUGCGGGUUCUCUGGGCCUUCUGGGAAUUUGGUCUUCAAGCCACAGGGACAGAGUGACUUGAGGUUUUGUGGCCUGCUUUGGGGAGAGGUAGUAUAGUUUGUGUGAGUGGUCUUAGUGGAACGUGCUGUCAUUUCUCUGAGGCAGAAGAGGGCCAGGGCCUCGGUUUUCCAGGUCAUGUAGUUCUCAUGAGCUCCCUCUGUCCAGUAUAUCAAAGCACCUACUUUGGGUAUGGUGUUCUAAGCUCCAGUUGUCCCCCACUGCACAGUUCUGGGGAGUCUAGUCACACUUGGCCUGUUUUCCCCACAGAACACAUGUCAGAGACAAGACCCAUGGCCAGGGGCCUCUUCAUCGAGACACUGCUGCAGGAGCAGCUCCUUCUGCCUCCAGUGGCCCCUGGGGCUCCAGGAAUGACAGAGCCUGUGGGAGAAGAGGACCUCAGUCCCAUGGAAGACUUGGACCUCAUGGAGUGCCUGGAGGGCAGUAACCAGGUGGCCCUGCGGCUGGCCUGCAUUGGAGAUGAGAUGGAUCUGCACCUUCGGAGCCCCCAUCUGACCCAGCUGCCCGGGAUUGCCAUGCACAGCCUGGCUGUCACCUACAGACAAACAGGCAUUAGGGGUGUCCUCAGAAGCUUGACCCACAGCCUCUGCAGCCUUGGAGAGAGCAUAUGGUCCUGGAGAUUCCUGACUCCUGUCAUCUGGGUGUCACCUGACCAGGCCUGCAGGCAGCUGCUGCCCUUGGUCUUGCUGGUCCUGCUGCUGGGCGGGGCCCUGCACCUGCUGCCUCAGUGAGGCCCAGCUGGGGCGGGGCUGGCCCCUGCCUCUCGACCACCGCCCCGGAGGUGCCGGCACCAGUCCGCUUUGUUCUUUUUAACUGGUGUUUUCUGAUGAUCCCGUUUUUAUAUUUAAACUUGAGAUAGUGCUGGGACACUACUGAGGUUUCAUACUGGAGUUUUCUGUUUGUGUAAUGAAUUCCUUCUACCUCUGGGGUGUUACCAGCUGAACACCCCUGAGGCCUGGCUGGCCCCUCUCGUGACCCAUGGCUUCCUCUCUGCGGGCAGGUCCUGUGGCCUCCAGCAGGGGGAGUGCUGGCCACACCCCUGUUUGGGAAGCCCUGAGGCAAAGAAUCUACUGGACUAGAUUUCCGCAGGGCAGAGUUCAAUAAAAUGUUGGUUUCCAGCCAGUCUAGUCUUGGGUGCUCUGGGGGUCUGUGGUAACAAUGGAGGCUCCUUGCUGUGGAGGCAGAUGGUGGAAGGUACCCUCUGCCCCUCUGUCCUGG